UCGGUUGUCACUAAAUCUUCAUAACUUCGGUUGCUAAUCGCCACAACAGACGCUGGUUUCAGUUCGGGGAAAAUUGAUAAUAUUUUGUAUUGGAGGAAUUUCACUGAUACAAAACUAUAGUCAAGUCAUGUCGCUAACACCUCAACAGGGCCAAGAUUAUUUGAUAAAACAUGAUAUUCCGCAACUUAUUGAGAGCAUUAUGAUCGGGCUUCUACACAAUAGACCAAAUGAGCCGCUUAAUUUUAUAUCUUCAUGCAUUGAGUCAGCAAAAGAAUGUGGAACAAAAGACAUUUCAUGGCAUUCAUUCAUACCACCUCCGCAAUUGGCACUUGAACCAAUUCUCAUACCAGAAAAAACUGGAAUUUUGUCCAAAAAUGUUUUCAAAACAGAAACGCCAUCAAGAAUGUUGGCAGAAAAGAAACAACCUCCACCAAAGUUACCUCCAAUUUCAUCAAAGAAACCAACAUAUGAAGUUGAACAACAACCAAUGAUGAUUAACAAGAGUGAAGUCCAAACUGAACAACACGGUGUGAAAAACAAUAUGGACUCCAAAAAAAUUGUGUUUGUUAUUGGUGGCCCUGGUUCUGGUAAGGGAACACAAUGUGAGAAAAUUGUUGAAAAAUAUGGAUUCACACAUUUUUCGUCGGGUGACCUGCUGCGUGCGGAGGUCAACUCAGGGUCACCACAAGGAGAAGAACUCAAGCAAAUGAUGGAACGAGGGGAUUUGGUCCCAAUGAGCACUGUCUUAAAAUUGAUCAAAGACAACAUGGCCGCCCACACAGAGAGCAAAGGGUUCUUAGUUGAUGGUUACCCACGUGAAGUUCAACAAGGAAUAGAGUUCGAACAAUCUAUUGCUCCUUGUACAUUUGUAUUGUGGGUUGAUGUGGCUCAAGAGACGAUGGUCAAACGACUUUUAAAACGAGCGGAGACAAGUGGGAGGGUGGAUGAUAAUGAAGAAACGAUUCGCAAACGAUUAAAAACUUUCGUUGAAUCUACGGAACCUGUGAUCGAUUAUUACAAAGCACAGAAUAAAGUUCGGAGGGUGGAUUCGGAACAACCAGUCGACGAUGUGUUCUCUGAUGUUCAAAAUAUAUUUAAAGAAUUUUUGUAAAAUUAUUUAAAUAUGUUGUUUAAAACACUGCAUUACCAAAGCAUUAUUUGGUGUCUAGCAGAAACAUGAGGUUUAUGAUUAGUACGGUGUUUUACUUUUAAAAAUUUUAAAGCACUGUUAAAACUAUAUAUUCUGCAGUAUAAAUAUUGUUUGUAAAUGGUUAAUAAAAUUUAUAUAUGUUGAAUUAUAAAACCGUGUGUUCAUUAAAGCAGCAAACGACAACU